AUGCGCUUGCCAACUAUUCUUCAAUGUGCCAUUGCGGUCACCCCGGUCUUGCUACAGUCCGUGACAGGCUGGUCUUUCACCAUGUAUAACGACGAACAGUGCCACAACGAGGAAAGCUCCAUCGGCGGAGAUUCGGUUCAAGGAGCAAGUGAUGGGAACUGCCACCACAUCCGCCAUGCCCGCCGCCACAGAUCGAUCCGUGGUGACAUUCCUUACGGCAGCAACUGCAGAGUCGAGUUUUACCCUGACAACUCCUGCUCCAGAAGCGCAUUUAGCCUCACUGGAGAUGCUAACCAGUGCUUCUACAUCGGGGACUAUACUCGGCCGCUCAACUACUACAGGGCUAGAGACUGUUCGUGA